AUGGACAAUCGUUUAAAAAUUGCUGUUGUUGGUAUUGGUGGCACGGGAUCGGCAACUUGUCGUUAUCUAGCGCGCUCUGGACAUAUUGUUAUCGGUUAUGAACAAUUUGAAAUUGGCCAUCAGAAAGGGAGUUCACAUGGUGAAUCGCGAAUAAUUCGAUAUACGUAUCCAGACAUAUUGUAUACUGAAAUGAUGAGUGAUGCCUAUAAAUUGUGGAAUGAAUUAGAAAAUGAAGCAAAUGAAACACUAUUUGUGAAAUGUGGCGGUCUUUACUUUGGAGCGGAAGAUUGUUCAGACGUUUUGAUAACAGAGAAAGCCUUAAUCGACACAAAUUUACCCUAUAAACGUCUUACGGCUGAAGAGACGACUCAGCAUUAUCCUGCAGUUCAUUUAAAGUCAAAUGAAAUCGCACUUUAUCAAGCAGAUAGUGGGUAUUUACGCGCAACUAAAUGUGUUUUAGCGAAUGUUCGUUUAGCUCGUGAAUACGGUGCAACUAUAUUAGAAAACACACCAGUAACUGAUAUCAUACCAUUAAACAAUGGUAAAACCAUUAUUCGUACUUCGGGAAGUAAUGAAGACCAAUUUGAUCGUGUUAUUGUCACUGCUGGCCCGUGGAUAAGUAAAUUGUUUUCUAUUUUAAAUUUAGCGUUGAAUAUAACACGACAACAAAUUGUUUAUUUAAAUAUCAAGAAGAACCAUGAAUAUUUUCAUUCUAGUCAAUUUCCAGUGUGGAUUGAUGCAAAUACGCAUAUGUACGGCUUUCCAAUGGACGGACAAAUAGUUGGUGUAAAAAUGGCAUCACAUCAGUGUGGGCAAACAGUUACGGAUUUGGAUGCACCACGUAGUUCAGUUGAUGAAGAUUAUAUUCAAUUGAUUAGAAACUACGCUAAACAACGAUUUCCUGAUUUGAGUGAAGAGAUAACUUAUAGUCAAACAUGUUUAUACACAAAUACGUUCAAUGGUGACUUUAUUAUUGAUCAAAUUCCUGAGAUGGCUAACGUUUUUAUCGUUAGUGGAUGCAGUGGACAUGGUUUUAAAUUCACUGUUUUAUUGGGUAAAAUUGUUGCUGAUCUGGCUACUGGAAAGCCCUAUUCACGUGAUAUCAGCCGAUUUUAUUUGAAAAAUUUCCUUACAAAAGACUUGCCACAGGAAUAUCGUCGACUUUGA